AUAAUAUUUUAUUGCUCUACUGCAAAGCAAACACUGUAGCCAGCAAAUGCCGGCAGUCGUUCAGCUGACUGGGUAGCAAUGUGUAAAUAACGCUUCAGGUUUGUGUUCUGGCUACAGGUUUGUGAUACAUGCGGGACUAGCGUUCUGUCAGGCUUCUAUCCCUAAAUCUGGUACUCACCGUAUGGGGCUAUAGACACCGAAGAACCAUACUUUUCCGGUGAGAAUAUGGACCCGAAACCAUUGCUAUGGUUUCAUUUUUAUGUUUGCCUUAUUGGAGUAUCGUCGGCCGGGUUUUUGGAUAGAGUCAAGCAGAAACUGGGUAUUGGAAAUGACAGAGGGAGCAGUAACAGCGACAACAGCGGCACCCGUGUUUCCCAAGGCGCCUUAACUCCCGUGAUUAUCCUGCCGGGUGACGGCGGCAGCCAACUUCAAGCAUGGUUAGAACGGACGUCGGUGCGCAGCAACAUCUGUCCUAUGAGAACGAAUGGUUGGACCCACGUAUGGGCAGAUCUGGAUAUGCUCAUCCCCGGAUUGGUUGAUUGCUGGGUUGACAAUUUAAAGUUGAUUUACAACAAUAUCACCCGAAAGACGUCCAAUCCUGAAGGCGUGCGGACACAAGUCCCUGGAUUUGGGGACACCGACUCGAUUGAAUACCUAACCGGUAAUCAGUUACCUGGAUCCAAGUAUCUCGCCUACAUCGUGGAUAUGCUGGUCGACAACGGGUACAAACGCAACGUCUCGGUGCGCGGUGCUCCGUACGAUUUCAGGAAAGCUCAAAAUGAGCAAGAAGAGUACUUCAUUCUUCUAAAGAAAUUAGUGGAAGACACGUAUGCCGCCAACGGCAACCACAAAGUGACGCUGAUCGGGCAUUCGCUGGGCUGUCUGUUCUCGUUGUACUUCCUUAACCAUCAGACACAGGAAUGGAAGGAUAAAUAUAUUAAUGCGUUCAUUGGGAUGGGUGGACCAUGGGGCGGGGCGGUGAAGCCUAUCAAGGUGAUUGCCACAGGGGAUGAUUUGGAUAUUGCUAUCGUCAGUCGCAGCAAGAUUAAGGAUAUUCUGCGUACCAAUCCCAGUGUCGCUGCGCUGUUACCGUCAGAUAAAUUCUGGGCCAAGAAUGAAACGCUAAUCUACACCCCACAAAAAGUUUACAAUCUGGGCAAUUUAAGGGAAUUCUUCUAUGACCUGGACUUUCCUGAGGGCUGGGAAUUCUACCAGGAUACCAAGAAUCUCGUAUAUGACCUUAUUCCACCUGGAGUAAAAACUUAUUGCCUUUCUGGUACCGGCACGGCGACACCCGCAACGUAUGUGUACAAGGAAGGCGGCUUCCCGAAAAAGAUUCCCAUGGUGAUCUCGGAGGAUGGCGAUGGCACGGUGAACCGGCGCAGUUUGGACGGGUGCGAACGAUGGAAAGGCAAGCAACGCGACGAGGUCGUCACUAAGACAUUUCCCGGUGCCGGCCACCGACAGAUGACACGCGACAAACAAGUCCUGGACUAUAUUCGGGAAAUACUCUUCGAUUACCAGAUAAACGGCUAACACAGUAUCACAGAAUCACUUGAUACAGUAGAUACCUUUGUGCACUCUACAGUCUACAACUGUUGCAUGAAUAAUUUAUAGUCAGCCGCAUAGCGCAGGGGACAAAUGUUAGAAGAUGAUAACGUAAUUUUUUUUUAUGAACCAACAAGUACUGGGCACUUGUAUGCGGUAGCCAGGACUUCUUGUGGUAAGCCGUGUACGAGUUAAACAGUUUUGCGCUUUUUCUUGCUUUUUAUGCGUGGAACGCUUUUUCGCUUGUUAGUAAGGAAACACAGAAAUCUAAUGUAUCCAACUCACCCAAACCCGUAAAUGGAAAGUGCCGA